UAUAUUUAUUUAUAUAAUUCAUUGAUCGUUGAUUUUCACCAACCAAACAAACAAAAACAGAUAAAUACAUGAACGAGUCAUCAACAAAUUUUCUUGAUAUAAUCUCUCUCUCUCUCUCUCUCUCUCUCUCUCUCUCUCUGGUCAAAAGCUUCUUCAGCUCGGUUUCUUUCUAUUUCAAUCAAUUUUUUCAGGUUGAUAGCUUCAUCACUUCUUCAUUUCUAGCUAAGUUGCAGCAGCAGCAGCAAAGGUAUCCUAGAAGAUUCAACUAAACUUAAUUGACUGAAAUUUUAUGUGAGCUGAGUGAAUAGAACGGAAACUAUGUCAUUGAUUAUAUCUCCGGAGUUGGCCGAUGCAUCAUACAGAAAUGCGAAGCUAUACUCGUUAAAGGGAACCGAUGUUACACCUGGCUUGUCCUCUCAUAAUUUUGCACCUGAUAAGCACAGAAACAUGUACAUGAACGAUUCUUACUCGAGUGAGAGUUAUGAAAAAUACUUCCUUGAUUCACCGACAGAAGAACUGAUAGAACCAUCUAGUUCUGGCAUAUCAGGAAAUUCUGUUCACGCUGAUAGUGAUUCUUCUUACCAGCUCAGGGCUAAUUCUGGAGGUUCUAUGGUCACUGAUAACCCAUUUGAUACUUAUGUAUCGUCUACAAGGAAAAGGGAUGCUUAUCAGUCAAACUUUGAAUCAGAUUUAUUUGAAAAUGAGAGCCCAGAUUGCUUUGAAUUUGAUGGUGAAAUGCGAUUGAAACUACAAGAAUUGGAGAGGGCAUUGCUUGGUGACAAUAAUGAUGAUUGCGAUGAUGAUGGAGAAAACAUAUUUAGGACUGUUCAGAGCAUGGAUAUUGAUCCUGACUUUGCCGAGUGCGCCAAUCCUGCUCAGAAAAUGUCACUUCACGACUCUCCAAAGGAAUCUUUGUCAUCAGAUUCCAAUCUUAGUUGUAGCAGCAGCUGCAAAGAAAUAUCGCAAAAAUCUCCUCGGACCCCGAAGCAGUUACUCUAUGAAUGUGCUAGUGCACUUUCAGAAGGAAAUGAAGUAAAAGCCUCAGCUAUGAUAGACGAUCUCAGGCAGAUGGUUUCGAUUCAGGGAGAUCCUUCCACAAGAAUUGCAGCCUACAUGGUGGAAGGACUUGCAGCUCGUUUGGCUUCGUCCGGAAAAUCUAUUUAUAAAGCUUUGAGAUGCAAGGAACCUCCUACAUCCGAUCGUCUAGCAGCAAUGCAGAUACUAUUCGAGGUGUGCCCGUGUUUUAAAUUUGGAUUCAUUGCUGCAAAUGGUGCUAUUGCCGAGGCUAUUAAAGAUGAUAAGAAGGUUCACAUAAUAGAUUUUGAUAUCAACCAAGGAAGUCAAUAUAUAACCCUAAUACAAACACUUGCUUCUAGGCCAGGGAAGCCGCCUUUUGUGAGAUUGACCGGCGUUGAUGAUCCUGAAUCAGUGCAGCGAUCUGUUGGAGGCCUAAGUAUUAUAGGACAGAGACUUGAAAAGCUAGCAGAAGUACUCGGAUUGCCAUUUGAAUUCCGUGCUGUAGCGUCAAGUUCUUCAGUUGUUACUCCAUCAAUGCUCAACUGUCGACCCGGGGAAGCAAUUGUGGUGAACUUCGCAUUCCAGCUUCAUCACAUGCGCGACGAAAGUGUAUCAACAGUAAAUGAGCGAGACCAGCUUCUUCGCAUGGUUAAGAGCCUUAAUCCAAAACUUGUAACAGUUGUGGAACAAGACGUAAACACCAACACUUCUCCAUUUCUACCAAGAUUUGUUGAAGCCUACAAUUACUACUCUGCCGUGUUUGAGUCGCUCGACGCCACUCUUCCGAGAGAGAGUCAGGAUAGGGUGAAUGUUGAAAGGCAAUGCUUGGCAAGGGACAUUGUCAAUAUCAUUGCGUGCGAGGGCGAGGAUAGAAUUGAACGGUAUGAAGUCGCAGGAAAAUGGAGGGCAAGGUUGAAAAUGGCCGGAUUUACUUCAUCGCCGAUGAGUGAAAAUGUGGAAGAAGCAAUUAAGGAACUCAUUAGGCAGUAUUGUGACAAAUACAAGAUAAAACAAGAAAUGGGGGCUCUUCAUUUUGGAUGGGAAGACAAAAACUUGAUUGUUGCUUCAGCAUGGAAGUGACCAUGACAACACUUUUUGUUAGAGUAAACUGUCAUUUUAGUCCUUAAUGUGCGAGUCGCUAUCAAUGUCACAAUAGUCCAUGAAUGUUUCAAAAUUACAAAAACAUACCUAAAUGUGUCUUUUAAUAGUCUGUUUGGUCUUCUUCAUAUGUGUCUUUUGUUAAUUAGUUUGAUCUUCCAACGUCUCUUUCGUUAGUCAAUUUGGUCGAUAAAAUUACUUACAAAAGACUUACUCAAGGAUAUUUUUGUAAUUUUCACUACUUUCAAGGACUACAGUGACGCCUCACACAUUUAGAGACCAAGAUCGCAAUUUACUUUUUUUUUUUUGUUAUAUAGACUCUUUGAUAUUAUUUGGUUGUGCUUGUUUAGUCUAUGUAUUUAGCUGUGAUUCAGAAUCUCCAGAUCAGAUGUAUUACUAACGUGCAAUCUUAAGCUGAUAUGAACUUUCUUGUAAUCUAAGUGCUUAACGUGGCUGGAAGACACUAUUGUACAUAACAGCAUAAACCAGUUAUGGUUAGGUUGUAAUUAUAAUGUUGUUUGCUUGUUA